AUGGCCGGUUCGAAAGCACAAGCAGACAAUGCAGAUACCUUAUCGGGCCGGAAACGAGCCCAAGAUGAGCCAGAGCCAAAGCAAGAUGCUCCCGAGCAUCCCGAUUCCAUAUCCAACAGCGCGUCGACGGACCCAGCGCCAAAGAAAAGGCAACGUCGCAAGCCCCCUUCGAAGUCACCGGCAGAGACGCCGGAGACAGAAGACAGCACAAGUGCCAGCUCAACUGCAGAGAAACCUUCCAAAGGAAAACGCAAACCCGCUCAACCGAAGCGAACUCCGUCCGCCCCAUGGCCGGAGGCAUUCAAAAGCCUCUCCCGGACACACCGCGCCCUGAACCUCGUGUACACCUUCUGCUGCACGCGAAAGCACUUUGCUACUACUUUCGACAACAUCAAGAAUGCGGUGCAGGCGCAAAUGCAAGGUCAGGAUUUGACCGUGGAGGAUGUUGCGCGGGUGAAAGUCCUCGUGCCACGCGCAGUGCGCUUCGAGUACGUCGAUGAGGCCAAGCUGGAGGUCAUGACGACUGGAGACCGGGAAGCAACACAACUAGGCUAUGGAAGGGAUACACUCGGCGAUGGGGGAAUGCCCACAAAAAAGACACUCCUCUUCGAGCUGCUGGACGGAGAUCUGAAGAGACAAGUGAGGCAUCCGCAGACCGGGGAGCCAACCAAGCCCGUGCGGCGCAUGAAGAACGAGGAUCUGAAGAUGCCGGUGUACAGCCAGAAGCAAAUGCUAGGCUUGAUCGAGAAGCGAAACAAGAAAUUCACCGAUGCAAUUGACGCCUUCCUCGUCCAGUGCGAAGACGAAGCCGUCGACCCAGUCGAGAAACUGGAGACGGAAAAGCACGCCUGGAUUCCUCAACCGCCGGAGGACGAUACCCCCAUCACUGCACCCUCCACCCUCCCACCGCAAAUCCCCAAAGAACGCAAAUCCAUGUCAGAGAUCGUGGAAGAGAUCCGCCAAAUGGACUGGUACACAGCACAAAUCGUCCCCGAAGGCCACCGAGUCUUCGACCCCCAGCCCGCCAUCUACGGCGACCUCACCUUCCCACUCUCCCAGAACCUCGUCAACGCCCUAUACAACACCAAGAACAUCACUCAAUUCUACUCCCACCAAGCCGAAGCUAUCAAUCACCUUCACGCCGGCCACCACGUCAUCGUAUCCACCUCCACCAGCUCCGGCAAAUCCCUCAUCUACCAAGUCCCCAUGCUACACGAACUCGAACACAACCCCUCCGCCCGCGGCCUAUACAUCUUCCCGACCAAAGCCCUAGCCCAAGACCAACGCCGCAGCAUGCAAGAGCUCCUCCAAUUCAUAGACGGCCUCCAAGGCACCCUCGUCGAGACCUUCGACGGCGACACCCCCAUGUCCAACCGCAACCUCAUCCGCGACGAAGCCCGCAUCAUCUUCACCAACCCGGACAUGCUCCACAUCACCAUCCUUCCCCAAGAAGCCGCCUGGCGGACCUUCCUCCAGAACCUCAAAUUCGUCGUCGUCGACGAACUCCACGUCUACAACGGCCUCUUCGGCACCCACGUCGCCUUCAUCAUGCGUCGUCUCCGCCGCAUCUGCGCCGCCGUCGGCAACCACUCCGUCCAAUUCAUCUCCUGCUCCGCCACCGUCGCUAACCCUUCCCAACACAUGCACGCCAUCUUCGGCGUCGACCCCCAAUCCAUCCACCUCAUCGACUCCGACGGCUCCCCCUCCGGCCGCAAGGAAUUCCUCUGCUGGAACACCCCCUACAAAGACCCCAACGACCCCUCCUCCGGCCGCGCCGACAGCGUCUCCGAAACAGCCCGUCUCUUCUCCCAACUCAUCCUCCGCGGCGCCCGCGUCAUCGCCUUCUGCCGCAUCCGCAAGCUCUGCGAAGUCCUCCUCCAAGCCGUGCGCACCGAACUCGCCGCCCUCGACCGUCCCGAAAUCGCCAACAUGGUCAUGGGCUACCGCGGCGGCUACAGCCCGCAAGACCGGCGCAAUAUCGAAAAGGACAUGUUUGAAGGCCGUCUCCUCGGCAUCGUAGCCACCAAUGCCCUCGAACUAGGCGUCGACAUCGGCUCCCUCGACGCAGUCAUCACCCUAGGAUUCCCCUACUCCAUCUCCAACCUCCGCCAACAAAGCGGCCGCGCCGGCCGCCGGAACAAGGACUCGCUCUCCAUCCUAGUCGGAGACCGCUACGCCACAGACCAGCAUUACAUGCGCAAUCCCGACGAACUGUUCACGAAACCAAACACAGAGCUGCAAAUCGACCUGUCGAACGACCUUAUCCUCGAAGCGCAUCUCCAAUGCGCAGCUUACGAAAAACCCCUCUCCCCUGCUAUCGACGAAGUAUACUUCGGUCCUCAACUCCACACCCUCCUCGAAUCCCGCCUCCUCCAAGAUAAAUACAUCCCCUCCCUCUACCACACCCACCCGCGCUUCCUUCCCAACCCGUCCCGCUCCAUCGCUAUCCGCGAUACCGAGGACCAGCACUUCGCCGUCAUAGACACGACGAACGCCCGCAACGCCGUCCUCGAAGAAGUCGAAGCCUCCCGCGCCUUCUUCACCAUCUACGAGGGCGGUAUCUUCCUCCACCAGGGGCAGACGUAUCUCGUGCACGAACUAAACACAUCGAUGUACUUCGCCCGUGUUUCGCGCGUUCAUGUGGAUUAUACGACCCAGCAACGCGAUUACACCGACAUUGACCCCAUCGAGACGGAGAAUAUUCGUCUUCUCUCUACACCUACACCCUCACACUCUUCCUCAGAAUCAACCCCCACUCCACAACCUAAUAACAACAACACCAACACAAAUACAACAGCAACAGUAAGUAAAGCCUACUUCGGCUCUAUCCUCAUCCACGCCGUAGUCUACGGAUUCUUCAAAAUCGACAAACGAGGACGCAUCCUCGACGCCGUACCCGUGGACAACAACCCCCCGAUCGACAUCCACACGAAAGGAAUGUGGAUCGACAUCCCCCCGCUAGCUCUGGAAAUCCUCUCAUCAAGAAACCUCAACAUCGCAGCGGCGAUACACGCAGCCGAGCACGCGAUCCUGUCACUAUUACCUACCUUCGUGGUCUCUUCUCCCGGGGACGUGCGGACAGAAUGUAAGGUUGCGAAGAAGGAGUUGGGGAGGAAGUUACAGAUGGCUGUACAGGAUGCAAAAGGGUCCGGGGGGAUGGAUAAGCAGAAGUUGCAGAAGAUUCUGCAUCCGCCUGCGAGACAGAGGCCGGCGAGAUUGACGUUUUAUGAUGCGAAGGGGGGAGCGUGUGGGUCGGGGAUUGCGGCGAAGGCGUUUGAGUUUGUGGAUGUGCUGUUGGAACGGGCUGUGAGGCGGAUUGAGGCGUGUGGGUGUGUGAUGCCGCAGGGGUGUUUGGAGUGUUGUUGUGAUGAGAGGUGUAAGGAGAUGAAUGAGGUGAUGAGUAAGGCUGGGGCUGGGGUGGUGUUGAGGUGUUUGUUGGGGUGGGAGGUGGAUGUGGAUGCGUUGCCGUGGGGGGAGGAGAUGGGGGUUGCGGAUACUAUUGGGGAGUUGAGGGGGGGAUUGGAGACGGUGGUGCCUGCUGUGGAGGUGCCGGGGAGAGUUGGAUUAUCUAGAGGUCAGGCUGGUUCUGGUUCUUAG